AAUGAACAAUUUUUAAUACUUGGAUCAAUAAUAAACGUUUCGUUAAGAAAAAAGAAAUAAUGAUUACCUGAUGAUUUCAUACGAGUCUCCGUAAGACACCUAAUUAACACAAUCUUUCUUGGGGCCAACUUUCUAAAAGCAAUCGAAUUUUUCUCUCACUCGCGGGCAUCAACAACGACCGAAGAGCAAACGGCCACCGCCUUCAUCCACGAUACGUAAGCAGCGACCAGUGCGAAAUCGCAACCUGCCAAAGAAAUAUCACACCAGUAUCGACGACGACCAGACAAAUCAUAAUCCAAGGACUGGAUCGGUAACAACGAAGAGCAGCAACAGCAGCAGUAAAUACGAGUCGCGUCCCAAGCUAUCGGAACGGAACAAGUUGCCGCACACGUGCACCUACUGCCGGACGACGUUCCCGACGCGUCAGCAGUUGCGCAGCCACGUGGCCGAGGCCCACAAGAGCGUGGCGAGCUUCGUGUGCGAGUCGUGCGGCGCCCAGUUCAAGUGCCGGCAGAGCCUGCGCGAGCACUUCGUGCGCAAGCACACCGAGGGCUUCCGCUACCGCUGCGCCAGCUGCUCCAAGGAGUUCAAGAUGAAGAGCGACCUGUACAUGCACGUGCAGAACCAGCACAACGCCGAGGCCGGCUCGGCGGCCCAGUGCGACCAGUGCGGCCGACGCUACCGCAACCAGUUCGCCCUGAAGAAGCACCGGGCCCACGCGCACAACGAGCGCCCCUACGGCUGCUCGAUCUGCAAGCGGCGACUGGCCACCGAGGAGUCCCUCGAGCAGCACACGCUCCUGCACACGCGCAAGGAGCGCACCGUCUGCCAGAUCUGCGGCAAGACCUACAGCGGCAACGACCCGCUGAAGAAGCACAUGCGCAUACACACGGACGACCGGCCCUACAGCUGCAAGCUCUGCGGCAAGGCCUUCAGGCGGCAGAACACCCACAAGCAGCACCUGCUCACGCACACGGGCCAGAAGCCCUACGUCUGCGACAUCUGCGGCAAGGCCUUCACCCAGAAGCCGGGCCUGAUAACGCACAGGAAGAAGCAUCCGGGCCCGUUGCCGCCGCUGCCGGCCGUGUCCAUCGAUUACGUCAUAGCCGAUCUCAUCGACAAGACCGAUCCGGCCGAGUAGAGUUUCUA